AUAGCCAAUCAGAGGCCAGAAAGGCGGAACCUUCCUUGGUCUUCCUAUGAUUGCGUCAGCUUAAUGUGUCUGUGCUGCUGUUAGCUAGCUUUUCUCCGUCCCGUUCUUUCUCCCAGGCCAAAAUAUCAACCAGUGGACUUAGAAUAAUGCAUGCUCAGAUAUGUAAGCACCUGGCACACAAAUACCUGUCCAGGACCUACACCUCCUGCCCAUCUCUGAACGAGGUGGUGAUUGUGAGUGCGGUCCGAACUCCCAUGGGCUCCUUCAGAGGGAGCCUGGCAGCAGUUCCUGCCACCAAUCUGGGCUCCACCGCCAUCAGGGGGGCCGUAGAGAAAGCAGGAAUUCCUCCUGAGGAGGUGAAAGAGGUUUACAUGGGCAACGUGCUUCAAGCCGGAGAAGGUCAGGCUCCGACUCGGCAGGCUCUACUUGGAGCAGGUUUGAUGCUUAGCACUCCAGCCACCACCAUCAACAAAGUGUGUGCUUCUGGGAUGAAGUCCAUCAUGCUGGCAGCUCAGAGUCUGAUGUGUGGACACCAGGACGUGAUGGUGGCAGGGGGCAUGGAGAGCAUGUCCAACGUUCCUUUUGUGAUGGCCCGAGAGACGCCACCCUAUGGAGGGGUGAGGAUGGAAGAUCUCAUCGUCAAGGACGGCCUCACCGAUGUCUACAACAAAUUUCACAUGGGAAACUGUGCCGAAAACACAGCCAAGAGCUGCAGCAUCAGCAGAGAGGAGCAAGACGCCUACGCCAUCAGCUCCUACAGCCGCAGCAAAGCAGCAUACGAGUCUGGUGUGCUAGCAAAGGAGAUCGUACCUGUUAGCAUCCCACAGAGAGGCAAACCUGAUGUGGUGGUGUCUGAGGAUGAGGAGUGGAGACGGGUCGACUUCAGCAAAGUCCCCAAGCUGAAAGCAGUCUUCCAGAAGGAAAACGGCACGGUAACGGCAGCCAACGCCAGCACGCUGAACGAUGGAGCUGCUGCUCUUGUUUUAAUGACUGCUGAUGCUGCAAAGAGACUCAGCGUUGCUCCUCUUGCCAGAAUUGUCUCUUUUGCUGAUGCUGCGGUUGCCCCUAUUGAUUUCCCAAUCGCCCCUGCAUUUGCAGUGCCAAAGGUGUUGAAUGCUGCAGGGCUGAAGAAGGAUGAUAUCUCCAUGUGGGAGAUCAAUGAAGCCUUCAGUGUGGUUGUGCUAGCCAACAUCAAGAUGCUGGAUAUCGACCCCUCAAAGGUCAACAUCAACGGAGGAGCGGUGUCUUUGGGACAUCCGAUUGGGAUGUCUGGGGCAAGAAUUGUGGGUCACAUGGUGCACAACCUGAAAGCUGGUCAGUAUGGACUUGCAGGGAUCUGUAACGGAGGAGGCGGAGCCUCUUCUAUUGUCAUCCAGAAGUUGUGAAACCAUCAGAGAUGCCUGUGUGACUGGUCUUUUGCUCCUCAUGAACACAUCUGAUUUAGUGUUUGUUACACAGUGGCCCAGUGGGACUCCUAAUGACAAGACUCCAGAGCUUCAUACACUCCUUUAUUAUGACAGAGUCACUGAUGAAUGUUCAACUCUAAAUCGAAUAAAUAGCUAUUUUGAA